AUGGGCCGCCAACUCAAGUUCCACGAGCAGAAGCUGCUGCGGAAGGUGGACCUGCUCGAGUGGAAGAAGGAGAACAACCUGCAUGAGAUCAAGGUCAUCCGCCGCUACCGCAUCCCGGACCGCGAGCAGUACCACAAGUACAACCGCCUGGUGGGGCACAUCUCGCGGCUCGUGGCGCGGCUCAAGAAGCGCCCGGCCAACGACCCGUACCGCGUCAAGACGACCACGGCGCUGCUGGACAAGCUCUUCCACAUGGGGCUCAUCCAGACCAAGAAGAGCCUGCUCAAGGCCGAGGAGGUGAACGUCUCGUCCUUCUGCCGCCGCCGCCUGCCCGUCGUCAUGGUGCGCGUCAAGAUGGCCGAGAGCAUCAAGGAGGCCACGACGUUCGUGGAGCAGGGCCACGUGCGCGUGGGCCCCACGGUCGUGUCGGACCCGGCCUUCCUGGUCACGCGCCCCAUGGAGGACUUUGUCACGUGGGUCGACAGCUCCAAGAUCAAGAGGACCAUCAUGAAGUACAACGACAAGCUCGACGACUACGACCUG